AUGGCUUCGCUUUCGACGACGUUCGUCGCCUCCCAGACGUUUCUCGGAAGCACAGCCGGCCGACGUCUGCCGGUUCUGAGGCCCAAGGCCACCUUCUCUACUUCCAUCCGCGGUGCGUUUGGCCCUUGAACCCAAGAUUCCUUGUUUCUGUGGUUUAGCGCAGUCUCUGGUUCGGCAUUCGUUUCUGAGCUGGUUUCGGUGCCCUGAAUUCGGCAAUGCUAGCUGUCUCUGGUGGGAUUGCGUGCACGAGGAAUGGGAGGAGAAGGUUUAUGGUUCCUGCAGCGAGUCGGCACCUGAUUGGUUCAGUGACGAAGACGGAAGGCCUGCGCUUUGCUGUGGUGGGUUUCCGGGCUAUCUAAAAUCCUCCUCAACCCCUGAAUAUCUUUUCUUUCAUAAGGGACAUUGCGGUUCAUUUCCGGGGUCCUGGUUUCCUGAUUCUGAUGUAUGGGAAGAAAAGUUCAAGAGCAUUUUUUUGACAUUUCACGUACAGUGGAGCUUGCCUGUAAGUUUAAUAGUUUUUUACCAUCUGAUUAACUUUCAGUACACCGCAUGAUUCAUUUUCACUACAAAGGCUUGACAUCAUCAUUCUUCUCCAUAACCUUGGAUUGUGAUACAAAGGUUCUUCAUUCCCGUUCUGGACACCACCAAUGAAACAGUCACUAAAUUGGAGGCAUUCAAAACCUUUUUGAUUCCUUGUUUUUUCCCAUUACACUACACAAGUGUCUUCAUACUCUGCCUCGUACUUGGGUAGGUUUUAAUGUAUACAAAAUAGUCACAAAGAGGAAAAUAGUAAUUAACUGAGAAUCCAUCAUCCCAGGCAGAUGCCUGCAGUUUUUUCCAGAAAAAGGGCAGUAAAAAACUGAUAUUUUUUGAUAGAGAUAGAAGAGACUGAGAGUGGCCAUGCAGUAGGCUUUUGCCUUUAAAAACACAUGAAAGGUUGUGUUUUGAGGGGAAAUACAACGUCAUCCUAAACAUCUCAUUGAAUUCUUUCUUCUGUGGUACAGAACAGAAAAAGGCACGUGGAACUUAUGCUUCAAUUCUUAUCGCAUGCAAAGAGUGCAAGGCCCUAAUAAUAUUUGAAUGUUAAAAAAUCUGUCGAUGCUUCAAUCAGCUGCCUAUUUUUGCUUUCGAAUGUGUUAUCAAUAUCACUUGGUCUUAAAAGCAUCAUACGUGUUUUGGGAACUCUACUGAUAAUGAGAUUAUCAGCAUGUUAGACACUAAUAAGCCUAUGAUCUGAGGUCUACUUAUCUUCUUGAAAUUGAAUAGCCCUGUUCUCUAUCAGUCUUAGACAUUGUUCCAUUCUAGCAUGUGUAACCCACAUAAAAAUAUAUAUGUUACAUCCCUCUGCUUUUUUUUCGUUCUCUAAUUAAUACAUAGUUUUGGUAGUGCCCAGAAGGACCAUAGCCAAUUGUGGAUUAAGCAAUUUGGCAAUAUAACUUUGAAGUAAUGUAAUAUUCAAAAUAGCUACCUUCUAUACGUGAAGGAAUCUUUUUUUCAAUUCUUAAAUUUCCUGGUUUAUAGAUUUUGCCCAACUUGGAAAGUUCCUUGGGAAUCAUCCCUCCAUUCAAAUGUUUGAUAAGUUGAUAUCCGCAUCAGAGUGGUACCUGUAUCCUGAAUUCUUCAUGGGCUGGGCUUUCUAUGGAGAUUUGAAAAUAUGAUACACAAGAAUAAAAGCAUGAAAGAUGGAUGAGAUAUUAGGAAGGUUUCAGUGUGAUGACAUGUCAUCGUUUUUGAAAAGUAGUACUUACGAAUAUCUUGGAGCAUCCUAUCAACUAGGCAAGGGAUUUACUCAAUACAUUGUUGAAUGGAGAAUAAACCAUAGAUGUUGCUACUUUUCUGUCAAUCCUGUCAUUCAACUAUAAUUGUAGGAUCUGAACUUUAUGAACGACUACUAGUUGGAUCAUUUUUUUCAUAGUUAUAAUACUUAGCACAUUUUAAGAUCAGUCAAGUGGGAUGAAUAACCGUUUCAAAGAGAACUAAUUAUUUUUUAUAGAGCCUGUAAACACGAAUUUACUAGUCUAAGCUUUUAUGAGUCACAAGACUAAUUAAAUUCUGCAGAUCUAAACUUGUAUGCUAUUGAGAGAUCCAGUGUUAAAGAUGAAUAACCCUUUUAUGGGGAUUGUAAAAUCGAAGAGCCAUUCGAACAUAUAACAAAGGGAAUCAACUUAUGAAUAUUCAUUUCCUGAAAGUGAAACACCUAGGAGUGAAAAGGAAAAAAUAAUGUCAGAAAACCGUUUCUAAGUUGGGCAUUAUAGUUGAUAUGUUUGUUCAUUUACUGGGUGAAAAUAUCAUAUUUUUUAGCAUAUAUUUUAUUCUCGCUGUAGAAAACGUUUUCAGUUUGUAACGUUCCCUUCAUUUAGGUUGUGGCUCGAUUUAAUGAGAUUGUGACGAGGUUGCUGCUGGAAGGAGCUUUGGAAACUUUCACCCGUUAUUCAGUCAAGGAAGAGGAUGUCGAUGUAUGUAGAUUGCUCUUAUUAUUAAUGUGCUUGUGUGUUUUAAGCUGUAUUUGUCCAGUAGAAUUGAGUUUGUUGUAGUGUCCAAAAUUUCGUUGUAUGCAACUGAUUCUUAUGAGAUGAUACUGACUUGCCAUUUUCCUCACCCUUCGGUGACUUAUCAUACUUUUAAUUUUGGGUUUCAGAUGGGUUCUCUUUUUCUUGAUUCAUAUAGAUGACGUUGGGAUCCUAGAGAAUGAUAAAAGGUUCUUGGCGUGGGUUUUGCUUGAGAACAAUAACAGAUUCCACAAUCUUAUUCUUUGUAGAAUUUCUUUUCUCUGCUUCUUAAAUUAUUAAAUUCAUUGGUUUGGUGUUUGGUUAAAAAUACUAAUCGGUUUGGUAUUUGCUUUCCAGAGGGUUCAUAUGUUCAAUCUAAGGCUUAAGAUUACAUUCCUUUUAUUCAAUGCGCUUUCAUAUCUUUUCACUUUUGCAUGAAUAGGUCAUGUAUACUUGUAUACAAGUCAUGCAUAAGGCUUAAGUAUACAAGUCAUGUAUACUUGUAAUUUCCUUACCAAAGGAGACAGAUGUAUGAAGGACAGUUUUAUGGGGUUUUCUACUAUUAUAAGGGUUGUGGAUAAGAGCAUAAUUGUUAGAGUUCGAGGUAGGAAGCUUUUUAAACAUAUUUUGUGAUUAAACAUGUAACCGCCCUGGUUGUAACAAAGCUAUUGAGUGGUUCCGACUUGAGUAAGCUCUAGUAGUGUAACUACACAUGUAGAUAAGGAUUCACACAGGGAUUUAUAGUAACCUUAUUUGUACAACUGUGUUGUUAGACGGUUUAUAUCAAGAAGUAAGCAUAUUUAUGCAACUGUGCACGUAAGAAGGUUGAUAUGAAGGAACCCAUUUAUUCAUUUAAUUGAUGUCAUAUAAAGGUUCAUGAAACUUUCUACGCUCCACUACAAAGAUACCAAUGACCUGAUUUUGUGGCAUUUCAAAUUUGUUUUUUAAAGCGGUUUUUAGGGAUGAGUAAUAUUUUUUAUGGCCGUUGGAUUUUGUUUGGCCUUUGUUUUCAUAUGUUUUGUUGGAUUUUGAGCCCUGAACUUGAAUUGUGUCCUAUUCGAUAUGAUUUGCGGAAGAAAGUACUUCAUUUUUUUCCUUGUUCCCUGGUAUAACUUCCUCUUUUUAUUUCUUUCCCUCAUGUACAGGGAUGAUAUCUUUCUUUGCUGAUUUGCUACUUUUCCCUUAUGAUGAUACUUGUAUUCAUCAUUUAUGUACACAGAAUGGCCAGAAUUAUCUCUCAUUUUAUAUACCUUUCUCUAAGAUGUCGGCUAUAUGAUGACACAAUCGAGAUCCUGUUGCAACAAAUAGUACAUUUUAGUUACCUCUCUAAAUUUUUAUAGUCUAUGCUGGUUUUGAAGUUGUUGCUCUAUAGGUUGUCUGGGUGCCUGGUAGCUUUGAAAUUCCUCUGGUUGCUCAACAACUUGGCAAUUCAGGAAGAUACAAUGCCAUUCUUUGCAUUGGAGCCGUGGUAAAUUCUCUAUUUCCAUUAGCAAGUAGUUGGUGCAGUUUCCACUAUAAUAAUGCGGCAUUGCUUAGACAAUCAAAGCUUCUUUGAAGAUAUUGUAUUAUUGCUAAUAUUUUUUCUUGAAUUUAUUGGUGACUUGUCAACGGGAAGAAACAGUACAGAAAGGAUCUGACAUCUUUUAACAAAGAUUUCGAUGGGUUGAGAUUAUUUUUGACACGAUCAAGCUAUUAAUUCUUUUUGAGUCCUGCAGGUAUCAUAAUGCUAAUAUAACAGCCACAUAUGGUCUACACAAAGAUUACAAUAUCAUGGUAAAAGAGAAGUUACGUUUCCAUGUUCCUGCUCUCUUUGACUGGACUUUGGCAUUUGGAAUGGGAACAAAAGAUUGGCUUAGUGGACUACUAAUAGGGAACCUCUAGCAAUGGCCAGAAUCAAGAGGAAAAUGAAGGAACACAAGGGAACAAGAAAAAGAACAAGGUAAAAAGGGUGGAAAGGUCUGGGUUCUCAGAGAACCCACACUUACAGCAGCAAUAAUCUUUUGGGAGGAUUACCAGAGACUCCCACACAUUCAGUCAUCAAAAACUGCCUCUGCUUCCUCUUCUUUUUUUCUUGAGUAAGAGGAUUAGGGCGUUGCACCUGCGAAGAUGGUUGUUCUAUGACCUCUCCUUCCUCUUCUAGGCUCAAGUAGAGUAGUUCAAUCAUUACUCCUUGCCCUUGUUGUAGGCCACCUGUCAACAUAUUUAGUAAGACUCCUGAUUUGCUUGGGCUGGGGUCCAAUUUUCUAUCCAACACAAACUUCGUGGUUAGUUGAGUCCAAUUUACUUCCAUCUUUCCUACGGUGUGCAGCCAUUGUAUACCUAAUAUGGCAUUGGUGAUUCCGACCUGUAGUGGCAAGAAGUCUUCAAAAACAAUUAGGCCAUGGAUUUCUAGUAAUACGUUCCUGCAUAUACCUCUCCCCUUAAUUGACACUCUGUUGCCCAUCAUGACUCUGUAGUGGGUUGUGGUCGUCAGUUGAAGUUUGCAUUUGUCUACUGGCUUUGAUGAUAUAAAAUUGUGGGUCGUCCCACAAUCAGUUAGUACCAUCAGCUGUUUGGAUCCCAAUCUGGGCCUUAAUUUCAUGGUGCCUGGCUUAGUUAGAUCACCACUAAAUUGAGGAAUAAUCCCACGUUUGUUGGUACUUUUGGUUCUGACUUGAUCCCUUUAGUCUCUUCAGCUUCCCAUACCUCAUAUUUUGAAUUUGUCUUGGGGUACUUGUCAUCUUCAUGGACCAACAAGACUUGGAACUCCUUGCACACUUCUAGGAGUGUAACAUUCAUCACAUGUUAUCAUGAAAAUCCUUGGCCCUCACGUUGUUGUCUUGUUGGCAACAACAUCUGGAUUUCUAUUUGGGGAGGCCUUUAUUGUUUUUGUCCCUCCACUACAUGGAAACCCAAUUUGCCAGUUUAUGGGUUAUGAUUUCUUAAGAAGCAUUUUGAGUCAGGCCAGAAUGGCUAAGUUAUGGCCACUUCUUGCCUGAAAUCUGACAUUCAAACCCAUAUCAAUCAAUUUUCUACCAUACGUGACUCAAUCUCAUUCAGGGUCUCUGUUAACAGAUGGUGUUGCUCCUAACAGAUGAAGAGUAUGAAAGAACAGUACUGAUAAUUUGUCAACAAAGGCGGGGGAAAAAAAUUAGGCGAGUCUCCUGGGAGCUGGUAUCAUUCACCAUGACUGCUUCUAACUUAUUGCUGCUGACUGCCUACUGACACCUCUGAAUGCUGACAUCCAAGUUGGAUGUCAUUAAUAUAAUAAUCAUCCAAUCCUUGAAAGAAAAGGGGUCAAGUCCAUUUUCUAUCCAUGUUGACCAAACUGGCUUGUCAGAAGGAAAUAACGAAACAGCUCACCACCUAAAAUCUAAAUGUUUAUAUAACAGCACCGUUUUCUGGAUGAGAAGAUAAAAGGAAAUGAAGUGACUUUCCCUCCUGGUAGAUGGAGGUCGUCGUGGGUAACAAGAGGAAAAGGAGGGGAGAGAUAGAAGUACUAAAACCCUAGUUCGGGGUUUUAGGCACCCCAACACUGUUAUCAAAAUGAUAGCUGUCCUUCCCUGUGCCUGAGUGGGCAUAGAGUUUACUGUGGGUGUAUGUGCACUCCUGUUAGCAUCAAGAUGAAGGUAGGGAGCUUACCUCUUCACGUUUUGGAGUGGAUUUUGUCCAUUAGGCAACAGGGAACCGUUGUCAACAUACAUUAAACAUAAUGUGUGUGCAUCCCUGUUGUGAUAAAUUUGUGGAUGGCAGUACCAUCCACCCUAAGAAGAAACUUACAUGAAGAGUUGACUAUGAUUGUAGCAAAAGGCAAUUCAGUGUAUUCACACAUACUAUUAGUAGAGCGAGAAAAUUUAAGAGUGCUUUAGUUUCAGAAUGCAGAGAUCGACUUUCUUUUGCUUAUAGAAGACGAUUAUAUCCACAUUCCAUCAAAAGGAACUCAACUAGGAGAUAGAAGUAAUCUGCUUUUGUUGUUCCCUAGAUGGUUCCAAUUCACUGACUAGUUCACAUCCAUUACAUUCUAACUUGUUCGAAUUCAUUUUAUUUCAUCUCUGAUGUGAGAUCAUUGUCUACGCAAGUUUAUUCUCAAGUUAUAAAUUGCACACAAGACCAGAUGAAUGCAAAUAAAUCCAUUACUUUUGUGCAAUAUCGUACAUUUUAUCAUGAACUAAGGCAUAAUUUACUGAGGUAUGGGGUGGAGAUGCUAAUAGCCUCUGUGAACUAAAAGUUACAAUGCCUUCUUCACUGGGUUCUUCAGACAGCUGCUACUUGUAAUAUUUUCUCCUGGAUUUCUUGUUUUUUAGGUGAGAGGUGAAACUACCCAUUAUGAUGCUGUAGCUAAUUCAUCAGCAUCUGGAGUACUAUCAGCUAGCCUUAAUUCAGGUUGCUUAUCUUCAUUUUUUUUUCCAGUUAUAAAAUUUUAUAAUAAUCCGUUCUAAACCUAGUUUCUACUUGUUAUAUUGCUCUCUUUCUCAUUGACACAAAAUUGGAAUGCGUACUUGCUUUUAUCAUUGUUUGAAAACAGAAUGUAAUGUUAGAGGUUCCUGUAACUUAUUUAUUAUAAGACUCAUCAUAAUAGUAGUCGGAGCAUAUCGCCAGCUGAAAAGCUGGUAAUGAAUAUUUAUCGUGGCCAGUCGAUUGUGGUUAUAUUCCAAAUAAUCUAAUAUAUUUAAAUAUCAUAAAUAAGUUAAAUUAUUCUGCAUAUAGUGAUUUGUUUCUAUGAAAUUGGUCUCUAAUAGUUUAAAGCCUUUGUUCUUAAAAUAUGUAAUUAUUAUUUUCUCAUAUAUGUUAUAUCCAUUUAAUAUCUAUAAAGGGGUUGCCUAAACCCACAGCAUUUUCACUUCUUUUAGAACUGGGAAACAGAGCAUUGAAAACUUAGGGAGUUCUUUCAUUGCAGAAACUCAGGCUGGAGUUUGUCUAAUUUGGCUUUCAAAACGAGAAUGAUGCAGUUCCUUGUUCUUCAUUUGCCUUGCCAAGAAUCCCAUAGGCCCAUAUUGUUUUGUUUUAAGGAUAUGAGAGACCUAGUUAGGCAGCUGGGUUUUGAAAAUAUCUUAAACUUAUGUCUCUCUGCUUUAUAAUAAAACACUCUUUAGUACAAGAUUCCCCUGCAUGCUACUGUUUCUGUUUCCAUUAAGAGUAUUACUUUAAGAAACAAAGAACCAUAUUAUUGGAUGUUCAUCAAAGUUGAGAGUUUCCUUCAACGUUGCUGCAGGGGUUCCAUGCAUACUUGGUAUUCUCACUUGUGAGGACAUGGAUCAGGUGAAACUUUUCAUUCAUUAAUUAAAAAUAUGUUGUGGCCCAUUUCAUUGCCUUUGUUCGACAAAUCAUUCAGGUAAAAUUUCAAUACUAAUCAUUUUUUGACAAAUCUUUCCAAGAUUUUAUGGGAGAGAUCAUGAGAAGAACUUCUUGUUCUGGGCCAGUUUUUUGCAGUGUAACAUGCUGUCUACACACUGAUUUCUCAAUGCUAAAAACUUAUAGCAUGGGUAGCGAGGGGAGAAUGAUUGCACAACUUUCAGGGUGGUGAAUUUAACCUAGUGCUACUGACUCGGCAGUUUGUGGUUCUAACUUUGCUAUAUACUUUAAGACGUAUCAACCAAGCUGAUUUUGCUUUGGACGGCUGACCCCUAAGCAUGGUAUUUUGGAACCCUAGGCUGAGAAUUUGGUUGUGUUUCCUCUCUGUGUGUCAUCUAUUGGGCAGAUUUAUCAAGAGAGAAGAAUCCACACUGGAUAGUUGUUAGAACUAUUGCCACUCAGAAAGGGAAAAAAUGUACAAGCCCUCUGCUCUGGGGAUAGAUUAUCUUUUUGUGACACAUAAUAUCCUCUUUUUUAACAGAAGAGAUCAGAUAAAUAGUACUCUUUUUUAAGAGGAUCUGUCUUUUUUUCACUCGAUUUUGUGCAUUGCUCUGCAGUUUUCUAUCAAAUAUUGUCUAUUCUUGGAAAAGAAAUGAAAGAGCAAUAUGAAAGGCAAGUAAUGGAUUUUAAUUUUCUUAUGGGAAAUUACAUAGGCUUUGAACCGUGCUGGAGGCAAAUCAGGGAACAAAGGCGCUGAAGCUGCUCUGACAGCUGUAAGUCAUGCAGAUUACCCAUUUAUGUGCCAGCUAUGGAUCUAUGUUAUCUGUUCUCCUGACUCUCAAUAAUUCACAGAUCGAGAUGGCAUCCCUGUUUGAGCACCAUCUGAAAGGAUAG